AAAAAAAAAUCAAUCCCGUUGUCAUAACAACUAUUUGUUUUUACCUGAAAUAAAUUUUAUCUAAUAAAAAUUGUUAUAAAUUAUGCCGAAAAUCGCUAAAAUGAGCUAAAUUGAUUGAGGCAAUGUUAAUUAUUUGAAUGUUAAGAUGGCAGAUGACGAAGAAGUACAAGAAACAGAAGCCAUAACUGAAAGUCAGGCUGAAAUCGCGCCCGCUAAAGUUACGCCUCUCGACCCACCCAAAUAUGAAAUACGACCAAAACUUGGUGAGAAGUUUCAGGCGGAUAACGUGCGAGAGAUCAUAAUCCAAAUAAUGCAAGAACAGCUGAUGGGGCGGGUGUAUCGCGUGGACCAGGCGCCGCACUGGGCUAAGAUGAUUGCCAAUGGAGUGAGAUCGAAGGUCGAGGAUCUCGGCAUGAAGAGGUACAAAAUAAUGGCACAAACAACAAUAAUGGAAAUGAAAGGAGCGGGGGCGAAAUGCGCCCAACGUUGUAUAUGGGACCCCGAGACCGACGACUAUGCUGCCAGUCAUUACCGAAAUGACUCUAUAUUUUGUUACACCAUAUGUUACGGCGUUUAUAUGUAUUAGGGAAGCUUGAUUGAACCUAAAGUAUAGAUAGGUAGGUAGGUAGCACCUUUGAUAUUCUGUCUUUCCGAGUAUGUAUUAUCACUUAAAUAAUUGUUAUAUUAAAAAAAAUGUUUUUGGUUUAAACACUGAUGCUGCUCAAAAAUGACAAGUGAGAAAUUGACUGAUGUGUAUUUCAAUAAAUACCGCACCGAUCAGUGGUUAAAAGUGACUUAACACUAAAGCUCAACUGGCGGAACGGAAUGGAAGCAAAUUUCUUCUGCGGAAUUAUCGCGUAUUCUCGAGAAAGCUCACACAUUCGCGAGUAUUCUGCGGAACAUUUUAGAUUGUACCUAGUUUGUACGUUAGGUACCUACACAAUUAACCAUUAUGCUAUGUACAAUAUCGUUACAAAAAGUUCCGUUCCGCCUCAAUAUAAAUUGAGCCUAAAGCUGGUUGGUUUCCGAGUAGUGCGCAUUUAUCUGCGGACCGUCCGCGCGUUGCACCGGAGCGAAGUAACACUUUAGAACACCAUUAUACAGUGACGCGGAUUGCUCUGUACGGAACACGCUCCGCGUGAACUUUGCACAAGCCACCUGUGCGUUCAUUGUAGGCGACUGUCUUCUAUGAAUAUCCGCACUAAAAGGUCGGCGGACUAAAGCACAUAAGUCAAGUAGAUUUAAUACUCGAUUCAGAACACCGCAGUGUUCUGAAUCGAGUACUAUUACUAGUUCUACGCAGGCGGACAGUCCGUACGGACCGUACGCACAGCUGUGAAACCAGCCUAACUUCCGGCGUAAUUAAUUUUUUUUUUUAAAUUGGAAUCAACAUAUUGCUAUCUUUAAGUCAAUAGAUGUUGCAAUCAUUUAAUAAUAUUUUAUGCAAUCUUUGCAUGAUGAGGGUUCUUCAUGCCGAGUGGCCUAAGUAAUAGGUACGAGAUUUUAAGACCUAUUUAUAUAAUAAUUGCAUAAUAAUACUUUUCUACGAGUAAAUAAAAUAAUGAAACGGAACUAAUAUAUAAUGUAUAUUUUGUUAACAUUCCAUGAUAACGAAACGCAUUUUUUUAAAUUUCUAAUAGGGUUGGCAAAGGUUCCACCAUACAGCCUCGUCAUAUAUUUAGACAAAAAUCAAACUAAGG